GGUACCUCAUCUUCUGGAGCGCUACUAUAACAACUGGGCCACGAUGAAAUCAUUGGCAUUACUUAUUGCCGCUCUACUUACACUUGUGCACUUAUCCAUUGCAAUCAGCCACGAAAGACUUAUCUAUGAAGCUCUGUUGAAGAAUAUGGAGCAACAACUUGCUGAACGUGAGCUUGUUCGAGUGUUGUCACGAAGAGAACGAGCAAUUGCUGCACAACAAGAACCGCGAGAAAGGAGGUCUUCAGAGAAAAAAUCGUAUCCCCGAAACUGCUACUUUUCGCCAAUACAAUGUCUAUUUACGCGUUCAUAAAGUGACAGCCUAACUUUCCGCAUUCGUCCUUCUCUUGUUUGAUCUCGCGAUAUUAUUUGCAGUUGCAUAAUAGCGAAAAUCAUCUCAAUUUCGCUUCUAGUUUCGGCCUCCUUUCAUCUUCACUCCCGGUCGUCGUUACGUGUCUUAGUCUAAUAAAAGUAUUGGUGAUUUCGUGAUAACACAUCUACUGAUCCACUCUAGCAAAGACGUAUUUGUAAAUAACGACUAUGCCAAGAAACCCUUAUCGUUUUGUGCUCUUUGAGACAAAUGU